AUGAUCGAGGAACAUCUUAAAGACGGAUACUGGAUUGAAGCUUUUCAAGCCGACGAUGAGACUCCUAUUGGAUUUGUAGCCUAUGGACUUUCCGACAGAGAGAUCAGUUUUUACCCAAACUCGUGGACAACUACGGAAAAAGUCGAGCCGAUUCGUAUCCAAAAGCUAAUCAAUCCUAUAGCUAUGGAUCAAGCUGAUAUUACAGGCAAUGGAUUUAAGGACAUUAUUAUCUGUUUUGACUAUGGCAGGACAAUCACAGACUUUAAUCCUGACGGAGGACACAUCGUAUGGUUGGAAAAUCCUGGACAAAAUAUUGGCACAGAACCGUGGGAACAGCAUUAUGUUGGAAGAUCACCGACAAUUAUAGGUAUACCUAUUGUGAAUGGACCAUCUGAUGUACCUGUAUUGUUAUUCCGACUGCCGGAUGACGUGUUAAAUGCUAAAGCAGGGGAUCGUGAAGUAGUUGACAAAGAAUUUUUUCAUUUAAUUCAUGACGCUAAAAAGUUUAAUGUUCAUUCAUUGGAUAAUCUUCUUAUUGCAUCACGCGAAGGUCUUAAUUGGCUUUAUAUUUUGAAAUUGGCUUUAUAA